UCAUGUGAUUAUGUGCACAGAAAAUAGUUACGUAGUACUCAGGCACAUGCGGAAAAAGGAGGAUGGCGAUAGACAUCCGAAAGAAUAAAGACGCCCUUCUAAAGGCAUACAACGAUGUUGUGGAUGAGAAGACGUCUACAGAUUGGAUGGUCAUGGGGUAUGAAGGACAGACUGCUGUCCUCAAGCUUGUUGGAACUGGUGAUGGGGGAAUUGAAGAAAUGACUGAUGACCUAAACAGCUCUAAGAUUAUGUAUGCCUAUUGUAAAGUUUUGGACCCUAACACCAACCUUCCAAAAUAUGUCUUGAUUAACUGGCAAGGAGAAGCAGCACCUGAAUCCAUGAAAUUCAAGUGUACAAGUCAUCUACGAGAUGUGGCAGCAUUUGUCAGAGGAGUUCAUGUGACUGUGAAUGCCAGGACAGAGGAGGAUGUAGAUGCUGAUGAUAUUGUAAAGAAAGUGGCAAAAGCCUCGGGGGCAAACUACAGCAUUCACCAGGAGAAACCCAAGGCCCCACCCCAGAAACCUGCUAAAAAUGUCAAAAAAGAGGACUCCCCUGGUCCAGUGGGUUCCGUCUAUCAGAGAACAAUAGCAGCCAAAGACAUCAACAGUAAGGCACGGGACAAGUUCUGGGCAGAGACAGAGAAAGAGGAGCAGCAGCGUAUCGUGGAGGAGAAAAAGAGACGAGAGAAGGAACUACAUGAACUAGAGAGAGAGAGGAAGGAAAGAGAGGCCCGAGAAGCCCAGGAAAGAGACAAAAUCGUGAACGAGAAAUUGAAAGCUGCCCGAGAACAGAAGGUCCGAGAAAGAAGGGCGAGUGAAAUCGAGCGCGAGGAACAAAAGAAGAGAUGGAAUGAGGAGUCUAGUGAACAACAGCAGCAGGAGGCCUUCAAAGAGGAGGAGGAGAGAGGUCGCCGAAGUGAGGCCAUCAGGAAGGAGAGGGCAGCUGAAGCUGCCCGUUUGACCAGUAGUAGUACAGCCAAUGCCAGAGCCUUGUUCAAGAGACGAGAAUCAGAGACCGAUGAUCAGCAAGCAUACAGAGCCCCUCCACCCCCUAGAAAAAUCCAACAUGGUUUCCUAAACCAACAGCAGCAGGAGGAAGAACCAGUGCAGAGAAAACAACCAAUCCAGCUACCCACAAAUCCCCCCAAACCAGAGCGUAGUUUUGCUGAACCAGAACCAAGUGGGCCAACCUUCUCCUCUCCCCCUAGAGAACCCUCCCCUCCUCCCAGGGAACCUUCCCCACCCCCCAGGGAGCCAUCCCCACCCCCCAGGACACCCUCACCUCAGUUGCCAAAGGUUCAGAAGAGUGAGCCCGAACCUCAGCUUCCUCGGGCCAGGAACCUACUGGCUCAGGGCCUUCCUCCCAGACAGGACUCCGACGAGGAGAACAACAAUGACGAUGAGUGGGGAGAAGGAACCUAUUCUAAUUAUAAUGCGGAGGAGUCACAUAUCCCUGCGGUGGUGUCCCACCCCCCUCCAGACGAGGACCAGUACCCUCCAGAACCAUCCCCCACACAGAACGGACAUGACCAGUAUUACGAUGACCAGGAACAACAGCAGCAAUAUCACGAGGAACAGAACACGUCCGGGAUCCUUCCAGAACAUGGGCUGUGUGCCAGGGCACUGUACGACUAUCAAGCAGCGGAUGAUUCUGAAAUUACCUUUGAUCCCGACCAAAUUAUCACAAACAUCGAACAAAUCGACGAGGGUUGGUGGACAGGAAUGGGACCAGACGGACAGCACGGAAUGUUUCCUGCUAAUUACGUGGAAUUAAUUAACGGAUGAACGACGUGCCUUGAACACUUUUAUAAUGAAGACUGCUGAUCUAAAUGAUGAAUAAAAGUUAAGGUUCAAUGCCAUAGACAGUUUAAAAAAUCCAUAUACAAGAUAGAUUGAUUUGAGUGUUUAGGAAAUAUUGUAAUUGAUAUGUUCAAGAAAUUUAAAUUUGGAAAUUUUUAUUGAUAAGGGAAAAUAAAUGGUAUAUACAUGUAAGAGCUUAGCUUUUCUGUAAGAUUCGUAGAAUUAUUCAAAUUAAUGCAGUGUAAACAUGCACGCCAAGCUUUUUAUUAUACAGUGUACCCUCAAAGACUGUAUGUUUAUUCCUGAUACAUAUCAAAUACAUGUACUUAAUAGGUGGUCUAUGUUAAAUGUUUAUUUUUUACACUAAAAAAUCAUUCAGUGAUUCAUGAUCAAUUGGAAAUAUUACAUUUUGAUUAGCUAACAGCAAUGGAUAUUUACUUGUAAACAUGUUUUUUUCUUAGUUUUUACAUUCUGUAUAAUCCACAAAUUUGCUAUAAUAAUCUUACAAAAGCUAGUCCUAUUUGUCUCUUGAAAAUCCAUAAUAAUAAUACUAGAUAGUUUUAUUUGUAGAUUGUUAUAUAAGAGUUUUUGUAAAUGUUCUAGAGUAUUUUGUGUGUAAGUGCUAAAAAUUGAUUGUAUAUGGUUUAUUUUUCUACUGAUAAGUGUAAAGGAAUUGUGAGUUUUUCUGUAUUUUUUAUAAAACUAGUUUAAGAAAUUCAGAAUCUGCAUGUGGCUAGGAGACUCUAAUUAAUUAACAGGUAUAUUAGCAGUUUUUUUUUAUAUAUAUACUGUUACUCUGUGGAAUUGUCAGAUAAUAUUUCAAGCUGCUUCAAUUUUGUAAACAGAUGAUGCAUGCUUCUGAUUUAUCCAGGAUUUUAAAAAUGGAAUAGUGUACAUGCAUAUACUCACUACAAAAUGCCAUCAGUUGUAAUCCCCAAAAUAUCCACAUUUUACAUACAUUAAAUAAUAAUAUAUUUGUCCCAGACUAUACGCUGUUUUGACAUGGGUAAAUGUUAUUCUCAGCUCAGCUGAUUUGCAGAGAAUCUUAUUUUGUACAGGUGUGUUUUUCAUUAUGUUAAUCACAGGUAUAGUAAUGCAAUUGAUUUUUGUUCUAAAUGUUUACAAUUUUGAGAUGCGUUUUUCACGAUUCAUAGGUAUACAGUGUAAAUAAGGGCAACAUCCUUUUAUAUCAAAGCAUAUGGCUGCAAGUUUUUUAUACAUGAAAAAAAGGACAUCUUAUCAGCAUAUACAUGUAUACAAGCUUAAUCGUGUAUAAAAGUGUUUGAUAUAACUUCUACAUGUACAUGUUACUAACAAAAUUUGAUAUUAGCUUGGAAAAAGAAUGAACAUAAGAAUUAUGUAUGCAACUGAUAUCUAUAGCUGUCACCUGAUUUUUAACUGAAAUAAUCCUAUACACUGGAUAUGAAUAUUUAAUAAAUUAUUUGAUAAAUUA